UGUACCUGAGUGAUGGGUCGGACCCGGGGAUGAGCAGCGCGAGGUGUUGGGGUGCCAGGGGCGCGAGAGGAGAUCUGCACGCUGAGGCCACACGGUGAGAGCGGGCUUACACUACCUCAUGAGUCGGGCCUUCUCUGUGAUCUGGUCCCCUCCGACCCCCAUCCUCCCAGCAUCAGUGGGAUGUCCCAGGUGUGUCUCAUCUUGGCUUUGCUUAUGCUCUGCAGCUGCACAAAGGUCUCCUCUUCUAACUCCCUGGAGCUUGUGAAGGAACAGUGGAGCAGCUACAAAAACCAGUGCCUGGAUUACAUCCACGCCACGCCCCCCGCCACAGGGCUGGUGUGUAACAGGACCUUUGACUUGUACGCCUGCUGGCCUGAUGGACUCCCAGGAACCACUGUCAAUGUCUCCUGCCCAUGGUUCCUGCCAUGGUACCGCAAAGUUCAACAGGGUCUGGUCUACAGAGUCUGCAAUGAAGAUGGUCAGUGGGCUCGAAAGAAUACCAGCGAGUGUGAGGACGACCCUGGUGAGCAGCAGUAUGGCCGCAUCCUCAGUCAGUUACGCAGCAUGUACACAGUGGGCUACUCGCUGUCCCUUGGGGCUCUACUACUGGCUUUGGCCAUCCUUGUCUCCUUCAGGAAGCUCCACUGUAUGAGAAACAACAUCCACAUGAAUCUGUUUGCCUCAUUCAUCCUGAGAGCCGUGUCCAUCCUUGUCAAAGACGCCCUGCUGAGCCUCACGCUGGACCCCACCGACAGCAGUGACACCCGGACACAAGCUGUGGUAAACAUACCAGCUGUGACAUGGUGUCGAGGUGCCAUGGUGAUGAUGCAGUACAGCGUCAUGGCCAACAACUACUGGCUCCUGGUGGAGGGCAUCUACCUGCAUAGCCUGCUGGUCAUCACCGUGUUUAGUGAGAAGAAGUAUUUCUACAUUUACCUUACCAUUGGCUGGGGUGCACCCCUCAUAUUCGUUCUGCCAUGGAUCACAGUAAAAUAUCUGUACGAGAAUGAGGAGUGCUGGGAGAGGAACAUAAAUAUGGGCUACUGGUGGAUUAUUCGUUCUCCAAUACUGUUUGCUUAUCUGAUUAACUUCUUCAUAUUUAUCCGGAUAAUUAAAAUCCUGAUGUCCAAACUGAGGGCUCAUCAGAUGAGAUACACUGACUACAAGUUCAGAUUAGCAAAGUCCACUCUGACCCUCAUCCCUCUGCUCGGGAUUCACGCCAUCCUCUUCACCUUCGUCAUUGACGAGUCCGUUCCCAAAGGCUCCAUGCUGCGCCUCAUUCGUCUCUUCUGCGACCUGCUGUUCAACUCUUUCCAGGGCCUCCUGGUUGCCAUCCUGUACUGCUUUGUCAACAAAGAGGUCCAGUCAGAAAUGCUGAAAAAGUGGAAGAGGUGGAAGCUGGGUAAGGAUAUCGACGAGGAAUACCGCCACACCCACAGCCACACGCCGCACGUCAAGAGCGGCAGCAUCGCAACCGCUAACCUAGCAGAUCUCCAUGACAACAAUGGCAGCGAACCCAGCGGUGACUCCCCUCGCUUCCACAAAGCUGAGCGAGGCCCAUCAUGCUCUGCCGCACCUGAGGAGAACCGGCGGUUAGUUGUCUCCUAUAGCAACGGGACGGGAAAGGGAGGACUAAGGAAGGGCAGACACACCCUACAGUUCUGUUUUCUGCCACACAGAGGCGCUGCCACUCGUGUCUGUACCGCUACAGAGGAUGUUUGUCCGGAAGAGAGGACGCAAUGCUGCAGAAACCCUUUGAAAAAAGAGGAGACUAAUGUGUGAGGACAAGCUGCUCUGAAAACUGUUGGUUUUAAUGCGGGUGCUGGAGCAGUGUUGAUGGUGGGACAAAAAGACAGGGAAUAAGAAAAGACAUCCACCGCUGCACCACGUUCAAGGAAAUAAUGUUAAACCUGCCGAGCUGCAAAUGAUUAUUUAUUGGUUUUGGGACCUUGAGUAGGAAUUAGUUUCCCAAAUGUGGAUGAGACUUUUAUAGGUCCAGUGUGUAAUAUUUGGGAUAUAAGCAACAUUGAAAAGUCAGAUUGUAGAUUGUGAUGCUCACAGUGGUAGUGAAAACAGUGGCAACCAGUCAAAUUCUAAAGCUGCAUAUCUGUUACUUGGUCCCUUUUGUGGUACGUGCAUCAUGGAAAAAUCCAAGAAGGCGAAGUCUGUACAAAGGGGCCCUCCCUAUGUACAAAUAAAAGCCUCACAGUGUGUCUUAAAUGGCAUACUUCUGUCAGCAUACUGUAUUACUGUAUACUUAAAUGCAGAACAGAGCAUUUAAUCAAGGCAGGUUAGUAUUGGCACAAAUCGUGCACCAGCAUUUUGCACUAACAGGAAGUGGAAAUGUUUUUUUUUCUUUGACAGCAAGUUAAAAAUCAAAGUGAUUGUUAUCUAAAGUUGAUGGCUAUUUUCACUCACUAGUAGACUCAUGUCACUUGUAUUUCAUGUUAACAUUAUUUGCUCAACCCUCUGAGACUCAUGUUAUUGUAUACGAUAAGAGAUAGGUUAUAAAAAUUUGUAUUACUUUUGAACCAUAAAUCAUAGCCACUUACUUUUUUAAUGACACCAUCCAUGUCUUUGCAGCCUUUAAAGAGGCUUUUGUAGUAAGCCUGGAACUUGGGGGACUUUUUGGGGCAUUUAAAGAUUAAACCUACACCAUUAACUCCAGUAUUGGACAUCUUCUUAUCCAUUUUUUGAAUCCAUUUCUCAAACGUUUCUGCCACUAGUGGCUGAUGUUGUUGACCGUAAUAUUUUGUCGCAUAGGCUGUAAUAACCAAUGUCAGGCAGUUCUGUUGUCAUGCCAUAUUUUGACAAACUGCACAUAUCCUUACUCUCAAAGCUAUUCAGUUGACGACCUGAUUAGCACAUAAUAGAGACAGAGGCUGUGAUGCUGUCUUGUGGCCCUCUUUGUCACUGCAGACAGGAACUGCUUUGAAUAAUGGCAUAAAUUCUGUCAAUUGAAUGAAGCACAAAGACUUUUUUUGUAAAUAUGUGAAUAUUUUAAAUAUUUUUCACUAAAUUUUCUUUUUUUUGCACCUUUUUGGUCUCCAAGAGAUGGGAGAACAAGUUUGUGCAAAAAAGGGUCUUACCUGGACAACAGCACCGCGCACAGCGGGUUUGCUCCGACUGAAGGCGAGCGACCUUGCCUAAUGGAGGUGUGUCUAGAGUGCUGUGCUGUGGCAUGCAUACCGAAUCAGCAGGCAGAGAUCACGGGAGAACUGCGAGUUCACGUAGGGAUAGUAUGUCAACAGCGGACUAUUUUACCUUUUGUGGUUAAUUUAUCAUCCUUUCCGGUAUAAGUCCAUGAUGUUAUUGCUUCUGCCACUGGGUGAAUACAUUAGGAAGUUUAAAGGUUAAUGUUUGAUUAAAGGGUCUGUGGUUUUAUGUAAAAUUGUUUGGCUAAAAGUCCU